CUCUUUACCGCCGUUUCUCUGACUGUGAUGAAGAGUUGUGAAGAGGCGUAACCAGAAACAAACUGGGAAAACUCGGGAGUUCAGUGGUUAUCCCCGAACACAUCUAUCGAAUUACAGACUGGAUCUUCUCCGUUACUUUUCCUCCGUGUCGGAGGUGCGUGGACGGUCCCGAGAAACUGAAGAUGUUUUGGAUCUGACGCAGACCGAGAGGCCGGGGGCUAAGCUAACAGCUCAUUACUAGAGCUGAUGGCUAGGCUAAGCUAAGCUAGGCUAGGCUAAUAGCUCCUUGCUAGAGCAGCGGGAAGGCUAGGCUAAGUAACAGCUUCUGUUGUGACUGGACCUUGAACUUGCGGAAACUCUUAUAAAAGCAGUAGGUGUUUGAUUUUUAAGAUAUUCGUUUUCAUUUUCUGAGAAGAUAAAAUACUUUAUUUUGCUUUGAUUUUGCGGUGGAAGCAGUUGUCUUAUCGUGGUAGCAGGCUUUGUCAGCAGGUUUGUUUGCGGGAGAAAGACCGCUCAGCCGGUGCGCGGAUUCAUCCAGGACCACCGCAGGUCAGCCCUGCUGGGCGUGGUGAUCUCAGAAGGACUCGCUGAUAGCGGUGCUGCUUUCUCUGGACCCUGUGCUCCCCAGAGGAUAGUUAGCAUGGAGGCUGCGGAGCCCCACCGCGGCAACUCGGAGCGGUUACAUAACGGCAGCAGGUCGGCAGAGAAGCGGCUGAACGUCUCCUCCUCCUCCGCCUCCUCUUCAGCUCCACUGUGACACUUCUGCACGCAAACAGACCCGCAACAGCAGCAGCAGCGACACGACGCCGACAGCCUCAGCAUGGAGGCGGUGUGACUGCUGACAGGCUGAACCCGCUCAGAAGAUGGAGUCCAACCCGCUGAUUAACGCUUUGGACCCGUCCAUCACACUGUGGCAGUUCCUGCUGCACCUGCUAGAGGACCAGCGCCAGCGCCACCUGAUCUCCUGGACCGGCGAGGACGGAGAGUUCAAGCUGCUAGACGCAGAGGAGGUGGCCCGCCUCUGGGGGCUGCGCAAGAACAAGCACAACAUGAACUACGACAAGCUGAGCCGCGCACUGCGCUACUACUACGACAAGAACAUCAUCAAGAAGGUCAGCGGUCAGAAGUUUGUCUAUAAGUUUGUGAGCCAGCCCGACCCGGCGGCGCCAGACGGGCCUCGCGGCGCUGAGGAGGUCCCGAAGAAAGACGCCUGCGACCCAAUCGGCCAGCUGAAAGGCGUGGGGGGCGUGGCCUCAGUUUGCCAGUCAAAGGGCUCUGCCCAGCGCCUGGCGCCCGGCGGCGCCCAGAAGAGCUCCAGGAACGACUACAUGAAAUCUGGUCUCUACUCCACCUUCACCAUCCAAUCCCUGCAGGCCCCGCCCAACCCCCGCCCAAUCAAAUCGGAGCUCCUGCUGCAGCCGGACCCCGCCCCCAAGGCCAGAGAGGUGAGCCUGCUGCCAGAAGGCCGGCCCUCCUCUCCAGCUGGUGGCGCUGUGGACUCGCCCCGCCCCGUGCCGGCGGUCAGCCCGCAGACCGCCUCCAUCAGCCAAUCACAGAACCCCCCCGGCCCUCCUCUCAGCGACCCCCCCCACAUCUACCUCACCAGCGUGGGCGACUCGCCCCCUUUCGCUCCCCUAAUCCCUUUGGCUCCCAUCGGGGGCCGAGGUCCGGGCCGAGGUCCAGGCUCCGCCCCCGAUGGGCCGCCGACCCCCUUGCUGGAUGACCCCUCGGCCCCCCCGUCCCACCCUGUGUUUGUCAUCAUCAACCCUUCGCCCCCGCCCCCUCCCCUCAUCAAGGAGGAGAACCUGCCGUCGGAGGAGGAGCUGCUGGAGAUGGUGACCCUGCAGAGGAAGCAGGCGGACCAGGUUCCCCAGCUUGUCUGUGGCCCAGCAGAACCAGAACCGCCCAUCACCAUCGUGGAGAGCCCCCCUCCUCCUGGGCUGGACUCCCAGCAGGAAGUGGAAGGGGGCGGGGCCAAGGACUCUCCAGCAGAGCCCUCCGUUGCCACAGUAACGUGCUCCGCCUCAUCUUCGGCAUCGACCUCGCCGUCCUGCGCCGGGCCUCCCAAACCCAAGAAGCCCCGGAUCCUGGAGCUGCCGUCCUCGCCCUCCCUGCCGCCCGGCCUCUCCCUGGAUAAGGUGAAUGCCGCCGUCAACAGUCUGUUGGCGCCGGGCGCUGCCAACACUCUGACCCCAUCCGUCAUCACAUCCCACGCCCUGACCCCGGUGCUGCUGACGCCCAGUGCUCUUCCCUCCACCAUCCACUUUUGGAGCACGCUCAGUCCCAUCGCCCCGCGCUCCCCGGCCAAGCUGUCCUUCCAGUUUCCGGCCAACGGCAGCAACCAGAUCCACAUCCCGGCGCUGAGCGUGGACGGACUCUCCACCCCGGUGGUUCUGUCCCCGGGCCCCCAGAAGCCCUGAUCCCGACCCCAAGACUCCCUUUGGACCGAAUCUUGAGGCGCUUACGCAGCGCCACCUGCUGGAGACCCAGACCAUGAAAAUGAGGAUGGCAGGUGGACGACCUUCAUCCUCAUUAAAGCCCUUGUCUUCGUCAGAAUGAUGCGGGGCGACGCCGGGAACACAAAGCGACCGGAACCAGAAACUGAAGCCGGACGGAGGUUGACUGACUUCUCUGUAACCAUGGCAACGCUCAUCAGCACCGCACCGGUCUGAGAACUGGGAGGAAACGUCGGCGCAGACGGAACUUUGGGAUUCUGUUUAUUUAUGCUGGAUUUGCUCCAGACGUUCCUGAUCCGACUUGGGUCGGAUUAAAGAUCCAUUUUACAGACCGAGCUCUGCUCUGAUUGGCCGUACUGAAGGCCACGCCUUCCCCGCAACAGACCAAUCGCAGAGCAGCAUCUGCUUCCUCCCUGCAGGGGGCGCUCACGUUCCUCUGCCUGGAUUUCAGAUCUAGACUCAAACCUGUAAAUGUUCCUCUGUUGCCACAGAUCGGUUCUGUUGAGGCGGGUUCGAUCAGAACCGCUGAACUGGUUCUGGUUGCCAUGGUAUCUCGUUGAUCCACAAUGGAUCUUUGCUAAAACUGAUGUUUUAGAACCAGAGUGCUAAGUCUGGAUUGUUUUGCCUGAUCGGAUCAGAACCUCAAACCCAGCUGGUGUAGAGCGGUUCCGACGGUCCAGUUUCAGGAAUAUCGGACCGUUUCUGUCCGGAGAACUCUGACCUUUAGGAUCUACUGCCUGCUGUGGUUCCGACCAGAUCGGACUGGAUUCAGGAAGUUUCUGAGCUGGAAGCUGGAAAAUGAUGAAACUAUUUCUAAAAAAAAACUGAAUGUUUUUCAGGACAAAUGUUGUUGAACGGAGGCACUUUACUGAGGAUGAGGAGGAGGAUGAAGGUGGGGUCACCUUUUCUCACUAAUGUUGAGGUUCUCCAGUUUGGAGAAGACUGUUGUUAGCUGUGGUUGCCAUGGUAACCUGACAUGACUGUUGCCGUUGCCUUGAUAGUGUUUCUGUGAGUCGCUGCCGCAGGCUGGACCGGAUCCGUUCCCCACACAGUGUCUGACCUUUGACCUUUUAGGGAACGGUCCAAUCAGAAUCCACUGAACGCAGUGUCCUGCAUGCUCGGACGCACUUACACAGUACACUUGUACACUGCGGUCUGACCUUUCCCUGUUGCACUUUGACCUUUCCCUGACACUCCGACUUGGACGGACUCUCAUACCAGACAUGGUCUCGGAUUUGGACACAGCCGGGUCACAGACGCCACGUUUGGACCUUCCACCCUUCGGACCCGGACCAUCAGAAACUCGGUCCUGAUGAGGAACCGGGACUUCUGAGGUCCGGUUCCUUUGGCCUGAGUUCUGGUGCCGACUGUGUCCUGAUGAUGGGGUUUCCCAGCCUCUGCGGGUCCCUGAAUGCAGCAUGACUAUUUUUCUACCAGAGAUCCGAGUUCAUUUUGUUCUCAAAGUUGCCUUAAAGAUCCUGAGCAGCAGGAAGGAGGUUCUGGAAGAUUCUGUCCGACCAAGAAGCCAUUUUUGUGGACCAGAACAUUUCUCUCACCAGCAGAACCUGAAGAAUGUCUCCACCACACCAAUCACUCAGCAUUUCCUCCUGCUGCUCCGUGUGGUUCUGUUUGAUGGAACUGGACCCGACUUCUGAAGGUAUCUGCAGAACCCAAAGCUCCAUUCAGACCCGACCCAUUCUGUGUGUGGGUGGCUCUGUCUGUCUGAGGUUCUUCUCAGCAGAUGGACCUGAGGAGGUCUGAUGGAGGCUUCAGCAGAACCUCAGAGUUUGUUACCCGGUUCCUUGGGCCAGAACAUCCUGAGUCACUAUCCCUGUCCCAUAACGGGGCUCCAAAGCCCCACGAACCGUCUGACGACACUAAAGUCUUUACGUGUGACACUGCUGUCAGGUGGUCCCUGGCUCCGCCUACUGGUGGCGCUGAUGUUCUAGAGUUUUCUUUCUGAUCUGCUGAUCUUUUCUUUUAUUAGUUCAGUGUGGUGGGCGGGGCUAAAACCCUAUUUGUAUUAUGUCCCAUGAUGCUUUGCAGACAGGAAGCUCCAGAACGUUCUCUGUACAUACAUGAUGCUCCUGAUCACAUGACUGUUUAACCUGUACUAUGUGACUGGGCCGACCAAUGACAUGUUUCUGUCGUCACUCCUCAAGGCAUGGCCCCGCCCCUCCUCCGCUGCCAUUGGCUGGAGGGUUGAUUGAUGUAAGGGGCGGGGUCUGCGUUUAUUUUUCUGGGUCUGACGACAAACUUUAAAUCAAAAGAUAUUUUUAUUUGAUGUAAACGUUGUUUUCUACGAUCGCAUCAGGAAAUAAAGAUUCAUCCGAG